CUUCACUUCCGGGAACGCCUGGGCGACAAGGCCGCCCCCUGCUCGCCGCGCAGCCAGCCGGCCGGCCCGGGCGGCGAAGUGGGUGAGCGCGCAGUUUCAGGCCGAAGCUCCACUGUCCGCGCGGGCCCGGCCUCUCUCUGCAGCUAUGGGGGCGUCUGCGCGGCUACUGCGCGCAGCGAUCAUGGGGGCGCCGGGCUCUGGCAAGGGCACCGUGUCUUCGCGCAUCACCAAACACUUCGAGCUGAAGCACCUCUCCAGCGGGGACCUGCUCAGAGAUAAUAUGCUUCGGGGCACAGAAAUUGGUGUUUUAGCCAAGACUUUCAUUGACCAAGGGAAGCUCAUCCCAGACGACGUCAUGACUCGGUUGGUCCUUCAUGAGCUGAAAAAUCUCACCCAGUAUAACUGGCUGUUGGAUGGCUUUCCAAGGACACUUCCGCAGGCAGAAGCCCUGGAUAGAGCCUAUCAGAUAGACACAGUGAUUAACCUGAAUGUGCCUUUUGAGGUCAUCAAGCAGCGCCUUACUGCUCGCUGGAUCCAUCCAGGCAGCGGCCGUGUCUACAACAUCGAGUUCAACCCUCCCAAAACCAUGGGAAUUGAUGAUCUGACUGGGGAGCCUCUUGUACAGCGUGAGGAUGAUAGACCAGAGACAGUUGUCAAGAGACUGAAAGCUUAUGAAGCCCAAACAGAGCCCGUCCUGGAGUACUACCGGAAAAAAGGGGUGUUGGAAACAUUCUCUGGAACAGAAACCAACAAGAUCUGGCCACACGUAUAUGCUUUCCUACAAACAAAACUUCCACAAAGAAACCAGGAAACAUCAGUUACUCCAUGAGGAAAAGUCCAUGUAACUAGCAGGAUAAGCAGAAGCUCCUUUGUCUUGUGCAUCUACGAGUUCCUUGUCCUAAGACUCUGGCCUGUAUAAAUUCUUUGAAAAUUAUGUUAGUUUCAUUUCUGCUGAUUUUAUCCUGGAAAUUAAGGAUGUGCCAAAAGGGUCAGUUAUGAAGAUUAAUCUUCUGAAAUGUUUAGUGUGUUUUAUCUAGUUACCUUCUAACUAGAUAAAAUUAGAGUUUAAUUAGCACAAUUAUAAAACAUUAUAAAUGUCUAACUAGACUUUUGAAAAUUGGUGAGUGUAACUGAAAGGGCAAUUGGUAAUCUAAGUUUUGUUCAGAAAAGAAGUGGUGGAUAAAGUUUCCUCAUUUUUCUGGAGAAGUAAAACAAAAAAUUUCCGUAUCACUUGUGGAAAGUAUCUUAUCAGAGGCUUUUGUGGAUAGUGAUGUGAAAAAAAAGAGACCUCUAGCACUGUGAUACACAAACUGUGGGACACUGUCUAUGGAAUUCCUGGCCGGGGGGGAAGCAACUAAAUUUAUAGAUUAGUUGCAGGAUGCAGAUUCACUGCUGCCUUUUAUUGACCUCAAACAGAUUGCCAGGUAUUUCUCCCCUAAAAUGGGUUUAUUCGGAAUCAGCAGAUAAUUGCAGUUUGGAGUCUCAACCAUGGUGAGCCAGGUGCAAGUCCUCCCCACAGCAUGGGAAUGACAAUACUUUAAAGAGGAGAAAACGAAGUUGGGAGGGCUGUGGUAAACAAGUCCAUGGCUUUUCGUUGGCUGAGUUCUUGCCAGAAGUCUUGCCUUCUUCCUUUUGGGCUGUGCUAUCUUCACAAGGCAUGAGAGCUCCCCCUUGUGGUCCCCUGACUAUUGAGGUUUCUGGGGUUUUUUUACACUUUACACUAGCAACCUUUCAAUAACCGUAUAUCCUGUAUUUUGUUUUUUUUUAAACACAACUUUCACUUUACUCCAGAUUUUGUUUGCAAUAAAAAUGUAUCAGUUAGUA